UGCGAUCGCGGACGCGGGGGGGGGAGCCACAGCCAUGGCGGAUGACCUGGACUUCGAGACGGGGGACGCAGGAGCCUCGGCCACGUUCCCUAUGCAGUGCUCAGCCCUGCGCAAGAACGGCUUCGUGGUGCUCAAGGGCAGGCCCUGCAAGAUCGUCGAGAUGUCCACCUCCAAAACGGGCAAGCACGGGCAUGCCAAGGUGCACCUCGUGGGCAUUGACAUCUUCACGGGCAAGAAGUACGAGGACAUCUGCCCCUCGACCCACAACAUGGACGUGCCCAACAUCAAGAGGAACGACUUCCAGCUCAUAGGCAUCCAGGACGGGUGUCUAUGUGUCUCUAUGGGGUCUCUAUGGGUCUCUAUGUGUCUCUAUGGG